CGCGCCCCGCGCCCCGGCCCCGCCCGCUCCGCCCCGGCCUCGGCCCCGGGGAUGCCGCGGGGGCGGCGCGGCUGAGCCCCCCAGCCCCGCUGCGCCGCCGGCCCCGCCCGCCGCCGCCAUGGCCGGUAAGCCCCGCAGCGGCUGCGAGGCGCUCCGGGUGGUGGCCCGGUGCCGGCCCAUGAGCCGGCGGGAGGAGGCGGCGGGAUACGAGCGCGUCCUGGAGCUGGACGUGAAGCUGGGCCAGGUGAGCAUCCGCAACCCCCGCGCCGCCCCCGGGGAGCUGCCCAAGACCUUCACCUUCGACGCCGUGUACGACGCCAACUCCAAGCAGGCCGACCUCUACGAUGAGACGGUGCGGCCGCUCAUCGACUCCGUGCUGCAGGGCUUCAACGGCACCGUCUUCGCCUACGGCCAGACCGGCACCGGCAAGACCUACACCAUGCAGGGCGCCUGGGCGGAGCCGGAGAAGCGCGGCAUCAUCCCCAGCGCCUUCGAGCACAUCUUCACCCACAUCUCCCGCUCGCAGAACCAGCAGUACCUGGUGAGGGCCUCCUACCUGGAGAUCUACCAGGAGGAGAUCAGGGACCUCCUCGCCAAGGACCAGAGCAAGAAGCUGGAGCUGAAGGAGAACCCCGAGACCGGGGUGUACAUCAAGGACCUCUCCUCCUUCGUGACCAAGAACGUCAAGGAGAUCGAGCACGUGAUGAACCUGGGCAGCCAGACGCGCUCGGUGGGCAGCACCAACAUGAACGAGCACAGCUCGCGCUCCCACGCCAUCUUCCUGAUCACCAUCGAGUGCAGCGAGACGGGGCCCGACGGCGAGGAGCACAUCCGCGUGGGCAAGCUCAACCUGGUGGACCUGGCCGGCAGCGAGCGCCAGAGCAAGAUGGGCGCCCACGGGGAGCGCCCCAAGGAAGCCUCCAAGAUCAACCUCUCCCUCUCGGCCCUGGGCAACGUCAUCUCGGCGCUGGUGGACGGCCGGAGCACGCACAUCCCCUACCGGGACUCCAAGCUCACCCGCCUGCUGCAGGACUCCCUCGGGGGCAACGCCAAGACAAUCAUGGUGGCCACCUUGGGCCCGGCCUCGCACAGCUACGACGAGAGCCUCUCCACCCUCAGGUUCGCCAACAGGGCCAAGAACAUCAAGAACAAGCCCCGGGUGAACGAGGACCCCAAGGACACGUUGCUGCGGGAGUUUCAGGAGGAGAUCGUCCGGCUGAAGGCCCAGCUGGAGAAACGCGGGAUGCUGGGGAAGAAGAGGAGAAGGAGCAGCCGGAGGAAGAAGGCGAUGGAUGGAGAGGGCACCGUGGACAAUGAAGGGGAGGACGAGAAUGAGGAUGGCCUGGAGAAGAACAUGGAGAAUUACUUGAAGGAGCAGAAGGAGAGGCUGGAAGAGGAGAAAGCCGCUAUCCAGGAUGACCACAGCCUGGUGAGCGAGGAGAAGCAGAAGCUGCUCCAGGAGAAGGAGAAGAUGAUAGAGGACCUGCGGAAGGAGCAGGAGGCCACGGAGCUGCUGGCCAUCAAGUACAAGGCCAUGGAGAGCAAGCUGCUCAUCGGGGGCAGGACCAUCGUGGACCACACCAACGAGCAGCAGAAGAUGCUGGAGCUGAGGCGGCAGGAGAUCGCCGAGCAGAAACGCCGGGAGCGCGAGAUGCAGCAGGAGAUGCUGCUGAGGGACGAGGAGACCAUGGAGCUGCGGGAGACCUACACGUCCCUGCAGCAGGAGGUGGAGAUCAAGACCAAGAAGCUCAAGAAGCUCUACGCCAAGCUGCAGGCAGUGAAGGCCGAGAUCCAGGACCAGCACGACGAGUACAUCCGCGUGCGCCAGGACCUGGAGGAGGCCCAGAACGAGCAGACGCGGGAGCUGAAGCUCAAGUACCUGAUCAUCGAGAACUUCAUCCCUCCCGAGGAGAAGAACAAGAUCAUGAACCGCCUCUACUUCGACGGCGACGAGGACCAGUGGAAAUUCCAGCCGCUGGUUCCCACCGGGGGGAGCAGCUCGCAGAUGAAGCGGCGCCCCACGUCGGCCGUGGGCUACAAGAGGCCCAUCAGCCAGUACGCCCGGGUGGCCAUGGCCAGGAGGGCUCACCCGCGCUUCCGGGCUGAGAACAUCAUGUUCCUGGAGCUGGACCUGUCCCCGCCCGCCAUCUUCGAGUUCGAGCGCAGCAGGGACGCGGGCGAGCCGGACGCGCGGGCGCUGCACCUGGAGCGGCUGCUGCGCCUGGACAGCCUGCUGGAGCGGCCGGCGGCCUCGCGCCUGCGCAAGUCCCGCUCCUGGUGCCAGACGCCGCGGUCGCUGCCGUCCUCCACCACCCACGUGUCCCUGGCCUCCGGCUCCCCGUGUGCCGCCCCGCUGCCGGCCCAGGAGUGACGGCCUGGACGUCCCGGACUGAGCCCCGAGGGCCGAGGGGACCCGGCGCAGCGGCCCCAGCGCGUCCUCAGCUCUCAGCUACUUUGUGUGUGUUUGUGCGAGACACGAACGGCCCCGGGCCGGGGCGGCCGCCCCUCCCUCCUCCCCUCCCUCCUCCCCCUGCUCCGCCCCCUGAUCCGGAUCUGUCACUUUAUUUAUUUAACCUAUUUAUUUACGGAGCGGGUGACGGGGGCGGGAUUUGCUCUCGGACUGACGGACAUCCCAGCUGGCAGCGGCACCGUGCUGACCGCCCCGGGUUUGCCCAGCUCCCUGCACUGCCUGGCACGGGCUGGGCACGGGGACGCCACCAGGACACUGCUGCACCCAGGCAGGAGGGGCCUGGGUCCCUCUGCGGGGGCUUGGGCAGAAGCUGAGGCUGCCUGGCCCCUGGUGCUGGCCUGGCUUUGCUGGCUCCAGGGAAUCUGGAGAUUUCUGCAUGGAUUGGGAGACUCUGGUGGCAGCAGGGACACCUCACCCGCUGUGGACACGGCUGCCACUCCUGGGGCACCAGCUCCAUCCACGGGGCUUGCAGAGUCACCAGAACACGUCACCAAGAGCCCAGGGCCCUGUCCUCCUGUGCCAGGCCCUGGAGAUGCCCUGGAGACAGCCCCACCGAGGUUCCCAGCUCGCUCCCACCCUGCCCGUGGGUGUGCAGCUCCUGAGAACAGCCGGAGGUGGGAAUGUCCCCCUCCAGCAGCCCCCAAGGACAGGCUCAGCCUGGGAGCAGCGCUGCCUGCAGAGCUGAGAGAGGCCCCGUCCUGCAGCUAAAGGCAAUGGAGAAAUUGGCACAAGGAGGUGACAGCCAGGGCAGCGAUGGCACCGCUGUCCCCUGGGCAGUGGCACACAGAGGGCGCCUCUGUCACCUCCUGUCUGGGACAAAGUUCCUGGUGGGUUGUGGAGGAUGGGUGUGAAAUGGUGACGGGUCAGGGGGGAGCCCUGUGGGGAGUGAAUCCUGCCCCGACAGCGCUCGGGGUUCCUGUGGGACAUGGGAGGCUGGGGAAGGGCCAGGCCAGCACCUGUGGUGUCCCCAGGAUGGCAGAGGUGGGGACAUCCCUGUGUUUGGUGAGAUCCUUAUGGAUGAGGGAGCGAGCCCUGGCCCUCCUGGGAGGAGAUGGGUCAGCAAAGGGCGGGACAGGGAGGGCAGGGCCGAGAGGAUUGCAGAGAGGGAAUGUCCUCUGUCCUCACAGAACGGGUGAGCUUGGAGGGGACCCUGGAGCUCCUGCAGUCCCCUGGAGCUCCUGCAGUCCCCUGGAGCUCCUGCAGUCCCCUGGAGCUCCUGCAGUCCCCUGGAGCACGGGACUGAGGGCUGUGUCCAGGUGGGUUUGGAAUCUCCCCGGGGAAGGAGGCUCUGGCCAGGCUGUUCUUUGCUGUUGGACUGCUCUCUGCUCCCCUCGCUGCCUCCUGCACUCAGGACAGGGCUGAGGGAGCAGGGCACGGGCAUGGAAUGGGAACAUCCAGAGGGAGCCAGGAGCUGUGCCGAGCUCAGGGCCAGGCAGGCCUCACAGCAGCCGUGUCCCAUCCACGCAUGGCUCUGCUGGGCCAUGCACUGCCCGUCCCAGCUGUCCCUGCCACAUCCCUGCGCUGCCACAGGGGAUCUUCUCCCCUUCCCAUCCAACACUGUCCCACCUCGAGCUCUCCAUCUCUGCCCUCUGCCCCCUUCCCUUUCCCAUCUGUGCCCAGUGAGUCCCUGUGUCCCUCCAAAGGCUUUGUCCCCUUCUCCCCCAGCCCGGCCCUGGCUCGGGGGCACCGUGGGGAGCUCCGAGGACCGAGUCCCUCCUCUGGCAGCAGCCAGGCCGGGCUGGGCUCAGCCGGGAGCAGGGGAAGGUGUUGGAGACGGGUCCCGUCCGUGGUGUGGGGUCAGGCCUGUCCCCAGGGACACCCCGCACCCAGGGGUGUCCGAGGGUGUCCCCAGAGCGAGCUGGCCCUGUGAAACCAUCCCCUCCCUGGCCAAGCAGGGCCGGGCUGGGCAGGGCUGGAGCAGCCUGGGACAGUGGGAGGUGUCCCUGCCAUGGCAGGGGUGGCACUGGAGGGGCUUUAAGGUCCCUCCCAGCCCAAACCAGUCUGUGGUUCCCUGAUGCUGUGAAACAACCGUGGGUGGGAGAGCUGGUUCUUU